AUGGAGGUACCUCUUACAGUCAUUCAAGUGUCUUGUGACGCGAUGAGCCUCUGUCAACACCUGUGUAAAUGCAACUGUGUAAAUGUACAGCGGAGCGUGGAAGUGCCAGAUAUACUCACUGCUCGACAUGCCGUGACAUGGACUAAUGGGAAGGAACACUAUAUAAACUCGACCUCGAACUUCAUUAAGGAGGAGGAGGAGGUGAGAGGACAGAGUGUUCCAGACUUCGCAUACUGUCACCAAGUGUCAGGACUAGGGUCCCCCGGACUUAGGCGGAUCCGGUUGGAACCAGAACCUGUUCCUUGGUGGUUGAAGCCGGAAGGAAAGAUCAGAAAUGGGAAGGACGAGAUCGGAGAGUGGGCAUGCGACGGUUGGAGCCCGAGCAACCCCUUUCGAUUUCAUUGUGCAACCCGUGUCCAGAAGAAAAUGGAUCACAGCGACCUUGUGGACAGUCGAAAGGAAAAAAUUUUGAAAAAGAACAUAGAAAUUCGAACAUCAUUAGAAGCUGUUCAGAAUGCCUUCAAAGAAAUUCAUCCUGGCGAGAAAACCCCGGACGAAAAAACAAUAGAAGGCGUGAUAGACGCAUUCUUUAAAAGUGGAAGUGCGGCAGAAAUGCGCUCAUCAUCAGAUGGAGAUGAUUCUCGAGUGGAGAAAUAUUACAUGUCAGUAGCCGAAACAGAGCAUGAAGAAUAUCUACAAGAGAAUAGAAAGGAAUUCUGUAAUUGGAUAACAAGCAAACUGAAAGAAGACAAGAAAUUCCUGGACAGAGCUUUCUUCACGCAUAGCGCUGAUUUCUACCUAGAUGGAAAAGUUAGGAGGGAGAAUGUUCGUUUUUAUGGUGUCAAAGAUCCAGAUGGCCAAAGCCAAGAUGGCCAAAAUGAAGAUGCUCUAAGUCAAGAUAUUCAAAGCCCAAAAACUGUUUCCUCUGAAAGGGGAUGGUCAAAGCCCUGCGGCCAAAAUUGCUUCCUAUGUCCCAGAAUGGAAGGUAGAAAUGGCCAUGAAAUACAGAUGAAAGGAAAAGAUGGAAAACUGGAAACGCACGAGAUCGUAGCCUUGGGAACCGCAAACUGCGAAAGUCAAUAUGUCAUUUAUUGCAUAACUUGCAACAUAUGCGGCCACCAAUACAUUGGUCUUACAACAGAUGUCCUCAAGACUAGAAUGGGGCAACAUAAAAUUAAAAUUGCACCAGGAGCACCCAAAAGGGAAAAUAUGAGUGCGGAGGCAAUGGAGACAGAGUCAAAGAAGAGAAAGAUGGAUGGACAGAAACAUGAGGCAGCUGCCGAGGGGGAUGGAAAGACAAGGAAGGAAUCGACUUCUAAGGAGCAUGAGGAGAAUUUUAGAGACAUGGAGACAAUUACGACAAAGGAUGGUGUGACUGCGAGGACAUCAAUUUCGGAGGGGCACGAAGAGAACAUGGAGAAAAAGAAGGUCGUGCAGGGGAUCCCAAACCACAUGAAGAAAUGUAUGGCUAACUCUUCAAAGAGGUGGGAGAGCCUGAAUGUUACCAUAUUGCAUGUCACACUGGCUGAUUCCAAAACUAAUCUGGAAAAGUUGGAAUCAUAUUACAUCGAGAAGUAUGAUCCUGCAAUCAACAUGUACAAGAAGAAAUAAAAACAAAUGAAAGCUUAGGAUUUAAGGAACAGUUGUGCUUAUCCGCUAUGACAGCUAUUUGCUUGUAAUGGAAUAGUAAACGGAGGGAAUUAUUUUGGAAAGAAGAAUUGUUAAUUUGCACGCGCCUGAUGUCAAGCCGGAGACGAGAAGCGAAAAUCUCGGUGAAUUGGUCAUGGCGAAUAGGUCCAAAAAAGGGAAGAAUGUGAACUCAGGUGUGUACGCGACAAGUGAUCGCGCAAUGUGUACAGGGCUUCAACGGAGGGACGAGACAAUCAUAAUUUUCUGCCUGAUACCUUAGACAUGACCCACCACCACCUCAACACACGUCGUCGUAUGGUGGAGUCAGUCUCGUCUCCGAAUUCUAAUCGCGCCGGUGUCCUCCUGCUUCCGGGGGAACAGGAUGCCUCUUUCUCAUCUCUGUAUUAAGUUCGCAUUGUCCUUAGAUCUUAAAAAAGCGAAUUUGGAGGAUGGAGAUUGUGUCCAGAUGAUAUUCAAAUAAUACUUCAGUCAUGAAACGGCGCAUGUGCAUGAAUGAAACAGAUUGUUGAGACGUGUCAUAUCAACGUUGAACCAU